AUGUAAUGUGAGAGCACCACAUAAUAUAACUGAGUACAUGACACACACACACAUGCUUCACAAGAUUCAAAUACAAAAUACAAUCACACCACGUCGAGGGUUGCAUAGAUUUAGCUCGACGUCCUUAUUCAUCUUUGCACUACACACAUGCAUGCAUAAACAUGCAUGGCUUGGCCAUAAACAUGAACAUAGAUACGGCUACCUCCACCAUCCCAGAAUGAUUGAAACGAUUGAAACAGAGACAAGUGAUGAGCAACAAGGCAAUCUAGUUUCCUCCACCCCCACCUCCUCCUCCAGUACCACCACCACCACCGCCUCCACCGCCGCCACCUCCGCCGCCGCCGCCUCCUCCUCCUCCUCCUCCACCUCCACCUCCACCGCCCCCUCCACCUCCGAGAGACUGGUGGAGUUGCUGAGCAAGUAUCCUUGAAGAAGCCAUUUGCCUAGCUGGAA